AUAAUAAUAAUAAUAAUAAAAAUAAUAAAAUAAUAAUACUUAAUAUUUUACAUAUAAAUAGACAUACACACAUACACAUUAGAUAUAGUAUAGACUUGUAUAAUUUACAUAUAAACUUACAUUUAUAUCACACAUAUUAAAUUCUUCACUAAUGGCAACUGAAAUUUACGAGGCUUCUAUUAAAUCAGAAAAAUUUAAAGUUGAUUCAACUGUUAUUGACGAUUAUGUUGAAGAAGAUCGUUCUGCUAGUAUUACAAAUGAAUUCGGACAUGGAAAAGGUAGUUUCUUAACUGCUUAUUUUAAUAUUGUUUGCGUUGUCGCUGGUACUGGUACAUUGGGUCUUCCAAAGGCAUUUGCCGAUGGUGGUUGGCUUGGCAUUUUAAUUUUAAUUUUGGCUUAUUUGAUGGCUGUUUAUUCUGGUAUUAUUCUUAUUCGUUGUUUAUAUUAUAAGCCUGGACAUCGUCUUUCUGACUAUAAACAAAUCGGUACGGCUUCAUUUGGAUGGGUUGGUUAUAUAAUUGCUUCAUCACUUCAUUUAUUGAAUUUGUUUGGUUGUCCUGCUCUUUAUCUUGUCUUGGCUAGCGGUAAUAUGACAGCUAUGCUAAAGGGUACUCCAGGUGAAUUAAAUUAUAAAAUCUGGGCUAUCAUCUGGGGUGCAUUUCUCUUGAUUCCUUCUUUAAUCUUAAAGACCUUGAAAGAAGUUACUGCUAUCGCUGCUAUAGGUGCUGUAUGUACGAUGGUUGCUGUCUUUAUUGUCUUGAUUCAAGGUCCUAUUCAGUUUCAUCAUGCUACAGAACCUGUUAUUCAUGAUUCAGUUAUUUGGACUGGUUUCCCAAUAGCUCUCUCUACAAUUGCUUUCUCCUUUGGUGGUAAUAAUACGUAUCCUCAUGUUGAACAUGCUUUAAAGAAACCACAUCAAUGGAAGUACGCCGUAACUGCUGGUCUCUCUACCUGUACUAUUCUUUAUUUCUUAACUGCUAUUCCUGGUUAUUAUUCCUUUGGUAGAAACACAACUUCUCCUAUCUACAAUAACUUUUCUGGUGCCCCUCAAUUGAUUUCUAUGAUCGUCAUGACCAUUCACGUUAUUUUCGCUAUUCCUAUUUAUUCUACUUCAUUUUCACUUGAAUUUGAACAAUUUAUAAAUUGUACAGAUGAAAAAUUAGGUAAACUAGGUUCUUGGAUAGGUCGUGCUAUCAUUCGUACUGCAACUAUGGUUAUCCUUGUUAUCUUGGCUGCCUUCAUUCCCUUCUUUGAUGACUUUAUGGGUCUUAUUGGUGCUUUAGCUAACUGUGGUCUGGUUUUCCUUUUACCCAUCCUUUGUUAUCUUAAAUUAACCGGUUUGCGUAAUAAGCCAUGGUAUGAACUUUUAUUCUGUUUAUUUACUCUUUUCUUGGGUGUCGUUGGUUGUGUAUUUGGUACCAUAUCAGCUAUUAAGGCUUUAAUUGCUGAUUUCCAAAGUCAGCAUUAAGUGUGUGUGUAUCUAUUAUAACCAGCUUAUUUUGUAAAUAGUUUAAUAUGUAUGCAUAUAUAUAUAUACACUACACAUCGUGUUAUAUCCAUGUAUAUAAUAUUAUAUGUAGGUUUAUUGUAAAUAAUAUGAUUUAAUCCUUAUAUUUUUUUUCUUCAAAAAGUAAUAAUAAAAAAAAAAAGAUGGUCAGAAUAUAAAA